GUGAGUUCGUCGUCCACGCGUCUUAUUUCUCAAUUCGUUUUGACAAAAAUCUUCGGGAAAGAAAAAAAAAAACUGCUGCUGGAUGAUCUAAUCUGAUCCAAUUUUGAAGUGUUUCAAAAGUGCGACAUCAUCGGAUGGGUUUGUGAAACAUUUGACAAUCGUGUUUUGACGCAAAAGGAUGGUGAAAUGCUAACCGAAGAGCUGGACAUUGCGCGAGUCAUGUGGCGUGCCUUCUAAACGUUCUUUGACCAAUAACAAUUUGUUUGAUCAUCGUAAUUUUCAUUUCGCAUCGCUUUAAAUUAAAUUUUGGACUUAAUAAAACAACGAACUGUUCGAGUGCUCGUGUCUCUCCAAUUUUUCAUCCCGGUCGCUGUCAAGUGUCAUCCAUUGAUGUUUCCCUAACGGUAACCACAUUCGUCGAAUUCCGUCCUUAAACAAAGAGCCUUCUUUUCUAAACGAAUAAAACCCAUUAAUAAAAUUUAAAAAACAUCAUGUCUUUCGAAACGAGCGAUUUGACCAGUUUGAGCUGGUUGCACAAUCUCAACAUCAUGGACAAUUUGUCGUCGGUGAGCGGAACGGCGCCGCCGACGCCGCCAGCAUCUCCGCAGCCCGAUCACCUAUUAGGCAUGAUGGGUUGCAUGACGUCCGGCGGUUCCGGCCGCGGAUUGUUCACGUCGUCCAGUUUAUCCGCACAUCACAUCAAAGACAAUGGCGUCCGAUACGGCAAUCAUCACAGCAAACGCCCCUCGUCUUCGACAUCGUCAUCGUCGAUCUCAUCGCUGUCGUCUUCGACGUCGUCGUCGGUGGCCAAAGAAGAAGAGAAGGAAAUCGACUACAAAACAGUCGGCGACGUCAAACCGCCGUACUCUUACGCGUCGCUCAUUUGCAUGGCCAUGAAAACCAACAAGCACAAGAUGACGCUGUCGUCCAUCUACAAGUGGAUCAAAGAGAACUUCCUCUACUACCGCAAUGCCGAUCCCAGUUGGCAGAAUUCAAUCCGGCACAAUUUGUCGUUGAACAAAUGCUUCAUCAAGAUCCCACGUUCGAAAGACGAGCCUGGUAAAGGUGGAUUUUGGCGUUUGGAUCCGGCGUUUGAGAGCAAAUUAGAUGACAAUUCAUUGAAGAAGAAACGACUGGGACUCGGGAUGAACAAGAAGAACAGCUCGAGGAACGGAGGUGGCCGAUCGGGUGGCAGUAACAAGUCGAGGAAGAGCUGCGAUCGGCAGCUGGAAGAGGCUUGCAUGUCCAUCAUCGAUGAAAUGUCAAUGGCGUCGGUGGCCAUUUUGCCUCCGAUGGAGCACCAGUUCGGAUUGGGACCUACAGCUGAGUGUAACACCAAUGUCGACUUGUUCAACAACGCCACCUGGGGCGGAUUUCGCGAUUCGGACCUCUUUUUCGAUCAGCUCUCCGUGCCCAGCUGCACAUCGACUGCGGAUCCGACUGGAACGUUUUGCAACACGAACAGUACGGCCAGCAUUUCAGGCGGGAUCGAGUUCAGUCCAGUUUCAAUGCCAGCAUCAACAGACAUUGACGAUGUGGAGGAACUGUUCGGUUGCUGUGCGGAAGAGAACAGCAACGAUUGUUCGUGCUCCGAUCUCCUAAUGACGGAUGCCAACACAUCGCUGGAUCUGACCAUUUACGGACAAGUGAGCCAGCAAUCGCAACAAUCGGCUGAUUGCUGGAUCAAAUAUGUCGAUUAUCCAUCCACGACGGAAACGGCGUUAUCCGCCGAGCCUUACUCCUACAGCGAUCUGAUUUUAGGAUUGAAUUUGCAUCAGCAACAGUCGCUGAUGAUGGACAGCAACGUCCAAUAUUUCAAUCCGAGUCUAUCGGGUCAUUGGGAUAAUGAGCUGGGAAACGCCAAUAAUCAUCGAGUGUUAUCUAUUCUAGAACCGGGAUUGGAUUUUGAAGGGCUCAUCGAUCUCGAUAAUUUGUAAAAGGCAUAUAUAAACGCAAGUAGGCCGUAAUGGUAUGAGUCUGAAAAUGUUGUUUAUCAACUGUAAAUUUGUAACGUAUUAUUAAUUUCAAUUGAACUCAAUUACAAUAAGAACAUGAUGUGCAUAAUUAAAUGCCAAUUUUCUUUGAAUCUGUACGUCAGCUGACGUGUGCUGUGAUCCAGCACUAGACACGCAAUGUCAUCCACUGAAUAGCCGUCCUUGUAGCGCGCACACACACACACACACACAAUGUAUUUGGCAGAUGUGAUUCUUUCAUAAUGCAGCCCGAUUCUUUGAUCCGUCCAAUGGCCGUGUAGCAACUGCUGUUCAAAAUGAAGAAUAGCAAAAGCGCAGGCACAACCUUCGUAACAUAAGGAUGAUGUAAAAAUAUAUUUGUGUACCAUCACAUAGCCCCUCUAUUUUAAGAACGAUUAAACAUGCCUACCUUUUUUUUUUAAUUGGAUGUCGCAGUCUAACCUUUCGAUGCGUCUUUGGAACGACUUGUAAUUGUAAAACUAUAACCUGUUUUUUUUUGGAUUCGUCUAGUCCCCAAAGUGCUAAUCAAUUUGUGCUCGUUUUGAAACGUCAUUUAUUAUUAAAUUUUUGUUUUUGCCCAUCGUGACUGAUUCUUAGAGGAUGAAUUGGCCAUUUUCAAAUAGCCAUGUCCCUUACAUAUGAACCUCCUGAUGAACCGAUGCUCUUUCUAAACAGCCAAUCAUAUACACAUAGUAAAUUAAACUUUUUCAGAAGUAUUUUAUUGCUCGAAAAUAAAUGUCAAUAGUUUAGUUUUCUGAGGCUUUUGGCGAUGUUCCCUAACUAAAGUAACGCAUGAAAACCAUAAAAUCAUUUUUUUAAAAUCUUUCAACCUAUUCUUUUGGCUCAAGCAGCCCGCAAAACUGUUAUACAUAUAUUUUGUAUAUAAUAUACCACAAUAAAAAAUUCCCGUUUGAGUCAAACCCUUCCCAACAUAUAUAUUUUGAUGAGCCAUCCACCUCUAUAGAUAGGGUAGAAUCAUCUAGUCUAUCCAUAUACUUUCAGAUAACAAUAAAUAUAACAUCACGAAUGAGUGGCCGAAAAAUUAGCGUCGCAUUGAAUAUUCCAAUAUUUAACCUCCAAUCUUGUCUUUUGUCUAUGACUAUGUACACGUGAUGAAUGUAUCCGUACUUUGAUGGCAAAUGAACCUUGGCCAUGUCAUUUUGUAUCACAAUGUUCAAAUCCCUUUCUCCAAAACUAAAACUGAUGUCCCCGAAUAAAAACAUAAACCUAUUACAGUGUGUGUGUGUGUGUGUGUGUGUGUGUGUGUGUUUGUGUUUGUUGUUAACUUGCCAAAAAAAAAAGGGAAUAAUUUCGGAUGGAAAUAU